CGAUUGGCGAAACAGGAUAAAACCCUCCCGCGAUCCGAUCUCGAGAGGUUUACGCCGUCUCAAACCGGGUUUCCCCGGUUGUUUUUCCUUUAUUCAGAUGAUGAGGAGCGUCAACAGGUAUCGCCGCCACCAUCCAGGCCUUCAUCUCCACUUGCCCCACAUUCACGUCCACCACCACCACCACCACGAGAGGGAGGAGGGAGACAACUUGAAGGACGUGCCGAGAGGGUGCUUGGCCAUAUCUGUGGGCCAAGGCGAGGAGGAGCGGCGGUUCGUGAUCCCGGUGGCCUAUGUGAACCACCCGCGGUUCGUGGACUUGCUGAGAGAGGCGGAGGACGAGUAUGGGUUCGACCAGAAGGGCCCCAUCAACAUCCCUUGCCACAUCAACGAGUUCCGGAACGUGCAGGACUCGAUCGACAAGGAUGCAAGCAAGAGCCAUCGCCACGACCGCCAUUGCAACAGCAUCUACGGGAGGUGCUUCGGACCUUCUUGAUGGAUGAUACGACGGACAGCUUGAUCAACAUGUGCAUACAGUAGAAGGUUUAGUUCCAGCAUAGAAUAGUCGUGUAACAGGUUUCUUCCAUUUUUUUUUUUCUUUUUUGCUCUUUUGGGUCGUUUUGAUUCAUGUGAAUGGAGAUUUGGAGAACCUAAAAAGGAUACAAUCCAUUGCAGAUGUGUUUGUAAUUCAAACGCGUCUUCAUUUGAAUCAUCGCUUGAGCAUUUCAUGGCUUACUAAGUGGAUAAGCGAAGUUAGAAAGUGGCAAGUAGGAACAAGCUUGGCAGACUUGAAUGGCGCUGACUACAGCUCAUCAUUUUUUUGUUU